CAAUGUUGACCCGCGCGGUUCAGCUUCCUCUUCCGGGUCCGGCGGCACCAGGUGUAAAAAAUGGUUCAGCGCCUGACUUACCGCCGUAGGUUGUCCUACAACACAGCUUCCAACAAGACCAGACUGUCCCGAACACCCGGGAACAGGAUUGUUUACCUUUACACCAAGAAAGUGGGGAAGGCUCCCAAGUCAGCAUGCGGUAUCUGUCCAGGAAGACUUCGUGGUGUUCGUGCUGUGCGUCCUAAAGUUCUUAUGAGGCUGUCAAAAACAAAGAAGCACGUUAGCAGGGCCUAUGGUGGUUCCAUGUGUGCCAAGUGUGUCCGUGACAGAAUCAAAAGAGCUUUUCUUAUUGAGGAGCAGAAGAUCGUUGUGAAAGUGUUGAAGGCACAGGCACAGAGCCAGAAGUCAAAGUGAAUCUUACUGCAGUUUCAGCCCAAUAAAUGAAAGCUCCACUUUU